AUGUCUGACGCGGAUCUCGAAGCAAUUCGCAAUGCGCGCCUUCAACAACUGCAGCAGCAGUCCGGUGGGGGAGGGGGUGGUAGCAGUAGUGGAGGACAMGGCAACAAGGAAGAGGACCAAAAAAACCAACAACGCGCAUCCAUUCUUUCACAAAUCCUCGAACCCCUCGCAGCAGACCGUUUAGGACGGAUUCGCAUGGUCAACGCCCAACGAGCCGAAGACGUCGAGAAUAGGCUCAUUAUGCUCGCACAGUCGGGACAAUUKCGAUCGCGAGUGACGGAGACGCAGUUGAAGGAGAUGUUGGCGGCUGUGGCAGAGCAGGUGCAGGGUCAGGGAGGCGCACAAAAGGUUGUGGUGCAGAGACGGAAGGGCGGUUGGGACGAUGAUGACUUGGACGAUUUGCUGGGUGAGGAUUGA